AUGGCUCCUGAAUACCUGAAUCGCGGGCAAAUCUCAGCUAAAUCUGAUGUAUAUAGCUUCGGUAUUGUGCUUCUAGAGAUGAUAAAUGGUAAAAGAAAUAAUAGCUUUGAAGGAGAAGGAAUUGCAGCUUUUGCAUGGAAGAUAUGGACUGAAGGAAGGCCUGAGGUUAUAAUUGAUCCUUUAUUGGUAGAGAAUCCGAAUAACGAGAUCAUUAAGUUGAUCCAAACUGGGUUGUUGUGUGUUCAAGAGAAUGCGACAAAGAGACCAACCAUGAGCACUGUAAUAGUUGGCUUGGCAGUGAGAACAUCACCAUUCCUUUACCUAAGGCUCCUGUUUUCACAAGUAGCCAUUCCCAAUCUGAAGAGGGUACAAUGUCAAUUAGCAAUGUAUUCACAGAGUUGA